AUUGAAAUACGACGGAUAAAUUAAUGAAAGUCGAUAAUUGAAUCCAAGAGAAUCGUAUGAAUGAAACAAAAAGAAAGAAACUGUAAUUUUCGUGAAAAACACUAUCUAGAGUAAAAAUAUAUUUAAAGAUAUAAUUAGUUUUUUAAACUAAUGCAGGUACAUUUCAAGACUACAUUACCGCACCAAUUUUACGUAAACAGACAGUAGUGAGGUAUAAUACCAAACAGUGACAGAACUAAGUAAAAUAGCGCAGAGACAUCCUCUGUUGACGUCGUUAAGUUUAUACCGAGCUUUUGCAACUUUCCAUUAUAUUACGUGUAUAUAGAUAAUAUAGUUCGAUAAUGCCUUUUGGAAAGAAGAAGGAAAAAGAUGGUAAGAAGCCUUACCCCACCCAGCAGGCUGCAUACCCCACACAGCAAGCAGCUUAUCCUACAUCAGGUGCUUAUCCUGGCCAACCAGCAUACAACUCACAGGUAGUUCCAUCUCAACAGCCUCAGGCAUACUCUGCCCCACCUCCAGGGGCUGGAUACGCUGGAGCCCCACCCCCGUAUUCUGCCACAGCCUCACCUCCCCCAGCAUCUCAAGCUGGUUACCCACAAGCCCCUGUGUACCAACCCCCCGCUCAAGCACAGGCAGUAGUUGUCAAUGGUGGAUAUGAUGCUGGUGCAAGAUUCAACUCAAGAAAUCCUCCUUCAAUUCCACCACCUCCACCAGGUUGUGCCCCCAAUGCAGCUCAGAUGGCUGCCAGCACAGGGCAAAAUGUUGUCAUGGGACAGAGACCAUCUAACUGGGUUACUGGAGGAUCAGAUGGAGGCUAUACAUUGUGGUAAAUCCCUAUGAUCACCUGACCUAAUACAGGAUGGUGGAGUAUCUAAGCUUAAAACGGCACAUAAAUAUAUAACUGAUGUACAUGUAUAUUUUAUAUCAUGAAUAAACUUAUAUCUGAAGAUGGUACGUCUCUGUGAUUUUUAUUUAAUUUUCAAGCCUUUUCUUACAAACUUUCUGGAAGUACAUUUUAAAUGUAAGAAGGAUUUUUAGUGCCACUUUUGUUAUGGAAGUAUCCCUGGACUAUCAACCAUAAGGUCCAGGAUCAAACCCCGCUAAAGCACAAUAUUGUCCUUUUGAAGGCCUUUGCAAGACAUUAAUCCGAAUUGGUCACUCCCAAUCCGGGAGUUGACCAUAUUCCUCAUAGGAUUCGCACAUUAUGGAUUUCCCAGUACCAUCAUGCUGUGUGCAAGGAAUUCUUUUCAGGGACUAGAUGUUGUGAACUACUGUAUAAUAAGAAGUUUAAAUUUUAAUUUUUAUCCAUUGACAGAUUAACCUUUUUGGGGAAAAAUAUUGAAAAAGGAAUUAGCUAAAUUAUUUGUUGUUAUAGAGCUUUUGUAAGACAAGGCUAUGUUUUUGUGCUUCACCUGUGUAAAUAUGAUGGAUGUAAAAUAAAUCUCUAUUAUGUCUAUUUGCCUUAUAACACUAUUUGUGAGAUGCUUUGCUUAUGUACAUGUGUCCACUAAUAGGCCUAUGUGAUUAAAGAGAAAAAUCUGCAUUUCAAAGUGGGUAUGUCUUGAUUGUAGAAUUGAUAUCAACAAAAAUACAUACAUGUAUCAUGUAGCUCCAUGGUACAACACAAAUAAAUUCAAUGAAAACAUACAUGUUCCAUUUGUCUAUCUCUUAUAAUACUUAAGUUUCCUUUGACAAUUUUGAUAGACAUGUACACUAUACAAUUACAUUUAUGUACAAGUAUUCAUUCAUACAUGUACAUACACGUAUCUGCUUUUGUAUUUCCAGAGUGCAUGUAUACUGACCAUGUACCAUAUAUGUUUUCUGUACAGAAUAGAUAUUAACUUGUACUUUGGUCCUUCAAAUUCAAUGUAAACACCACUAAAUUGGAAGUGCACUGAUGUAGAAAAGGCUUUGUGCCAAUUGAUGUGCUCAGGGUAGUGUGUACAUUUAUAUUGGUACAAGCUCAGGAACUAGUAGGUUAACGAUGGAUAUUUGACCGAGAUACAUGUACGGCAAUAUAUCAUUGCCAAUUGAUAUAGUUCACCUACUGCCUGUUUUCUACUACUAAGACUCACAUGAGAACUGAAUAUGGAGAUGUGGUAUUUUUAUGAUCUUGUUUUACCUGGGACCCUCUAGAUAAUGACUAGGGUUACUAUUCAGGCAGAUUUCUUGUCUGAAACACAUUAAAGUCUUGUUUACAAUAUCAUAAAUGGCAAUAUUGCCAUCAUGGACUCUUCAAUGCCAUCAAGUUUAAUAUUAUUAGUAUUGUGCUGCCCUAAUGCGUAGCAGUGCUUUUGGAAAUUAUGGCAUUUAUAUUUGUCAUCAAGUGUGUCGUCAAUAUAAAUUGUCAAUUAAGAUUUCAAACAAUAGGAAUUACAUCGCGCCUCUGCAUUAUAGAUUUGCUACAUGGUCAGUGAUUGUAAUUAAAGUAAAUUGUCAUUUAAGAAACAACAGGAUGCACUAUUAAUGAUAUUGCACCUCAGCAUAUUGACUUGUGUGUACCUACACAGCUACAGGUCAAAUUUGAUAGUACCUUCAUAUAUGACAAAGCAAUACAGCCUUUUUUGUCAUUAACUGAUAUUUUCAAUAGAAGACAACUCUUGAUUUGCAGAUUUUAAUGUCUUAUCAUAGUACUAUGAUUGUUUCUUCAUUAUUAUUUCUUCAUUUUUAUUUCUAUUUUUAUCAUAUGGUAUCUAUGUAGACUAUGUAUAUGUGAUUAAAUACUUGAAAAAAAAGUUUUAGGUUUAUUACAAAGAGCAUUUAUCUUUUGCAGUUAUCAUUAUAGGCCUGCAUUUUAUUGUACUUUUUGUAUUCUAUUCCAGUAUAUCUACAUGUAUGUACAUUCCUGUUUAUAUGACUGUCUAUAGUAUCUUUCUUUUCUUUUCUUAAAAACUAAUUUUGAAUCAAACAAUCUAUCAUAUUGAAGAAUCUUUCCUCGGUAUACAUGUAAUCUUUGAACAAUUAAACAAUAACACUGGAUAUACCGUAAUUUUGUAGUAAAAGUCUUGUUAGAAAUCAGUUGAUAAAUAUAUUAACCGUAUGCUAUUUUUUCGUACUCUUAUUGUAAUCAUGUUCUCUUUGUUUUAACACCAGUCUAUGUAAAUGUAUAAAUAUUCUCUAAUAAUUAUAAGAUUUCAAAGUAAAUACAUGUAAGUAGUCAGAUAUUAAUGUAAAGAGUGCUACAUUUUAAAGUCUAUUGAUGAUUAAAAUGAUCACCAGAUACUAAAUAAUUUGAUGAUAAAUCCUGAUUACAUGCUCCUAUGGUGUUCAUUGACAGACAGCUCCUGUUAUUUGACAUGUGGUUUGGCAUGUUAUCAAAUUACAGGAAAUUGAAUUUCCAGAAACCGUGAACCCUUACAAACUUUCCACAUCUGGAUACUUUCAAAGUAAACUGAUUGCAAAACCCUUGCAGAUAAUUGCAAAAUUUCUGCAGAUAAUUUGCAAACUUGUGGUCUUUAAAAAAAAAAAUAGUUAUGUUCUUAUGAGUUUUUUUUUCAUUAUUACAGGAUAUUACACGUGGCAAUGUAAAUAAGAUUAUGCAAGGCUUAGAAAAGUAAUUAUGCAUUUGAAAUUUAUUUGUUCAACCUUUCAUUUACCCAUAUCUGUAUCAGUGACUGAUUGACAAUUGUGCUCAUGUUUUCUCUAGAUGAGCACAGAGUGAUCUAAUAUAAGUCCUCACUGUCUACUUUAAAGUAAUUACUUAUUUUCUGCUUGUAUAUUAAAAUAUGUAUGAUCUAUUUUGUCUAGCUUGCAGUGAGAUUAUCAUACUUGUCAUGAAGUGAUUAUAUAAGUUAGUCAAUGAUUAAUAGUAGAUCAGUGCCAACAGUCUAACUCUAGGUCAUGUAUUUGAACACUCAGUAUGAACCUUAUUUUCUUAAGGAGGUCACAUAUAUCGGAUGGAAGUAAGGAUUGAGAAUCAUUAAAGUACUUGAUAGUUAGGUAAGCAGGUAUGAGGUGAAUGAUGUUUUAUUUUAACUCAAGAUAUUUGCGGGUACACUGGGGAAUCAUACAAAAUCACUUAAUCAUUGAUUGAAUUGAUGCAACAUCCAUAUCAAUGCCUUCUUUUUAAAAGAACAGAUUUGAUGAUUGCUGUGUAAUGUAUGUCUUACUUAAAGUGUAGGCCUACAGUUGAUAAAAAAACUAAGUGUCACGUAUUUUAUCUUCACACUUAUAGAUCUAUUCUGCAUUUAACGAACAUGCAUUCAGAAAUAUGUUAACAUUGGAAAUUAAAUUAAAAAGCGAUUUUAUGUUCAUGAUACUGAUAAUCAUAAUUUCAAAGGAGCUUUUCUUACACCUGGUUCUUUAAAUUUUAUCUGGGUUAUUUGAAUAGAUUUAUUACAUACAAAAUCCCUGCUAAAGGCACAACAACCAUGCUAAAACAAAGUAAUUCUAAUGUCUCACAAGAAUUUUAUUACACCAACAGAUUCCAUUACAUAUGGCUGGUCUACAGGGUGCUACGUGUAUACUAUUAACAAAAAGAGAGAGUAAUCAUGCCAACUUGUUAUCGUGUUGUAGUAAACCUUGUGAUUGAUAUUAAAUGAUUUUUAUACAUUA